AUGGGAGAGUGUUUAGGCUGCAAGGUUUGUUCCUCCUUUCAGUACGAGGUGUCAUCGUGCAGUCAAAGUGCAGAUCGUGUGUGCUCAGAUUGCAACCUGAGGCCAUGCAAUGUUGGUGAGUACCUUCAAGGUUGUGGCAAUGGAAGUGCAGGAACUUGUACGCAGUGUCAUCGCUGUUUGUCGAAUCAAUUCGUGACGUCAAAUUGCACCAAGUUCCAGAACACAAACUGUUCAGACUGCCGUGCUUGUUCAGGCACGCAGUACGAGUACUCUGCAUGUUCGCUAUAUUCGAAUCGAGUAUGUCACGAAUGCUCGGAGAUCCAGUGUCCUCCGGGCACUUACUUGGCUGGAUGCGGAAAUGGAAGCAAAGGCACUUGCUGGGAGUUCCCGUCUGUUGUGAGUGUGACGCCAUCUUCAGGAUGCAGUGGACGAAGUUUUGUGGCUCGAAUAGUAAUCCGCUCCCCUCAGAUUGAGGACCUUCCUAUCACUAGAGUCUCUUCGCCUUCCAUGAAUACUACGGCUCUUUCUCCGCAGUACGAUACCAGCAAGCAGAUCAUCUCAUUGGAUGUGGUGAUAGAAUCUGGUCCAAGCUUGAUGGGUGUAUACGGUAUCGACGUCAUGCUUUGCCAGCAUUCGCCUUGUGUUCGCAACACAAGCUUCCUGGUAGAAUUGAUCAGCCAGACAGCAGUGACAUUGAUUGAUUCCUUUCCUUCGUCGGGGUAUCGGUUCUCCUACACUCCAUACAUUGUACGACUAUCAAAUGUACCUGCAGGUCUCACAGCCACUGCUGUGCGAAUAGUCAUAAGUCCAACCAACGAAUCUAUAGAUGCAUCAAGCGUGACAUACGAGGCUUCGCCGUUCUGUUCGAACUUGGCGACCAUCCAGUUUCUCCUGCCCCCGAUGUCUGCCAGUGCUGCUGUGAGGCCAACAAUCAUUGGGAGCUUGAGUCGGAGAUCGUCGACUUUCCGGUUGGAGUUACAGGAGUUUCAGUACAUUGCAGCUCCGAGCGUUGAAGUGGCUUCAAUGUUCCCCACCACAGGGGGAGUGUCGCAGCCAGUGCGGAUACAAAUCUCGAUACAAAACUUUCCCGAGACCGACGCGGCAGGCAAUGGCUGCACGGACGUGGGAGUCUUGUUUGUCAGCGCAUCUCUGACCAAUGCGACUUCUUUGUCAGGACGGCUGGAGAGUUGUCAGAGACAGAAGGCGUCUUACAUGCUCGGUCCCAUGACCGUCGAUGUGUCAUCCCCAAGCGGUGAUUCCGUGUCCCCUGGAUACGCGAAUGUCAUUGUGUAUCAUAAGAGAUACUCUACAAGCAUGGUGAACGUGAAGAACACUGAUGCAAAAGCUACUUUCGACUCAUUUCUAUUCUUCAAUGAUAGAAAAGCGAGGAUCUACUUGAUCCUGAACGAGUAUGGCGAUACUGGUGUGAAUACGAUCAGGGCCAAGGGAAGCACCACUACCAGGGUGUCUCUUUUCAUAGAGAAUAUCGAUUCAUCGGUCAUGCCUUCUGAAUACACAAUCAUGGUGGGCAAAUAUCGGUAUCGCAACAACUGCACUAGCUAUUCGGACUGCUUCCCUGUUCUGUUGCAGAUGUCAUGCGAUACCGCGUGUAGGCCGUAUGUGAGCAACUGCUUCACAGUGAGUUAUUAUGACGACAGGGAGCCCUACGUGCAAUAUGUCUCAAGCUCGCAGGGGCCGGAUACCGGAGGAAACUCGAUCGACAUUGGCAUUGCAAACUUUCCCUUGGUGACCACGAAGAAUCUGAUAAUACAGAUCGCAGGAAAGAACCAGUCGACGAGCAACUGGCUUUUGCUGAGGUCUGUGAUUGAAGUGACGGAAGUGAGAGUGUUUCCUUCGCCGUUUGAUCUAGGAUCGAAUGCGCAGCAGAUAGUGGAAGUUCGCAUUCUACCGACAAGCAACCUUCUCAAAGCUGUGCGUUUCAACUACACGUACAUUGCUUCACCACAACAGCUCAACUCAGUUUCUGCAACGUCUGGCCCGAGCACUGGAUGUCAAGCCAUCAAGGUGGAGAUUGGAUAUUUCCGGUAUCCUACGGCCAUCGAGAGCUGCAUUGAUGUGCCGUCACAAUGCCUCACAGUGCAAUUCGGGUCGACCAUCCUGACUGAUGCCCCAGCAGCAACAACGUGUGACAGACUUGCAGGAACCGUCUCAAUAUCAAAACUGUCAUCGCGACUCUCGUGCGUUCUCAACAUCAUCACGCCUGCGACUGCACCGGGGGAGGUUGCGGUUGUCAUGAAAGCGACCGGAUGUGGAGCAAGCUGCCAGCAAAGUCGCUUCAGCUUUUUCCAGCAGGAUAUGAGUGUACUUGGAAUCGUGAAUCCAAUACCCACUCAGGGAAGUGCUCAAAGCGCAUCCUUGUAUGAAGACAUAUACCUUGUGAACUUCCCUUGGGAGACCUACUCUGCCUUGACUGCUGGGGUCAAAGGAAGUGUGACCAUGGCAGCGAGUAUAGACUCUCCUCCAAGCAGGGUUGACGAUAAAGUGACAAGGAUACGUGUCAAGUUGCCAGCGUAUCCAGCUUUAGAGCACGUGCUUGUGUCCAUCAACGUCACAUCAGGAAGCCUCGUGAAAUCUGUCAACUUUGACUAUACCUUCUUCGACGGCUUUGCCUUGAGAAUCCUGAGCAUGAAUCCCGAUGGAGUGCCAGUGUCGACUUCAGUAUUUGGACGAACCCUUGCUUACAGGACGGAGGUCACGUUGCUUCUUGCCAACUGUCCGCAAGACUUGAAAGCUGGUCAGCUCAAUGUCACAGUGAAUGGAUACACAUCACAGGUGGUCUCGCUUUCCAAUGAAGCCACGUGCCAGCCCGGGGUCCCAGACUGCAAUCGGACACGGCUGAAGGUGCUGCUGACGCCUCUGAGCUCACUGGGCAAUGCGACGGUGAAGCUGAUGGUGUGGAAUGGCUCAGGGGUAAGCAGCUACCUUCGCUCAGUAGCAACGUACCUGCCGUGCAACUAUGAGACAUUUUGUAGUCUGCAGGAGGUUCCAGAUGUGUUGCUGCUGCAAGGCGUGUCUGCUGCACAAUGCAACGCACAAUUCUGCGUGAAACAAGUAUUGGUUCCAGACGCGUCGAUUCUAUCUGUGAAUCAAACUGUUGGUGUGGCCACUGGAGGGAACAAGGUGCUGGUUGAGUUUAGUAACUUCCCAUCACUUCAACCUGCAGACAUCGAGAUCAUGUUGAGGAUUCCUGGCAUCCAGCUGAUUGUUGCUACGGAGAGUUUGAGCCUAGCAAGAGGAUCUAGCCUGCAAGGCUCCACGGGCUCGCUAGUGAUGACGAUUCCUUCCGUGAGAAUCGAUGAGGAUCAGCUUGCAACAGUCACCCUCACGUUGACCUUGGGUUCUGCAAUCAGAACGGCAUCGUUCCAGUAUCAAUAUCUUCGCUUGCUGAGUGGGAACGCAACUGUACGAUCAUUCUCUCCGAUGUCCAUCAUGCGAACAGAUGAUCUCACUCUACAAGCUGAGCUUGUGAACGUACCUCAGCUCAAGGUCCCUUACAAUGCUUCGUCAAUCCUAUAUAGCUUAGCAUCUUCCUCGCUAAGUCAACAGUCCAUGCCAACCAGCACCAUCUUCGCGUCAAACUCCAAGAGCACGAACCUGCUGAUACGUGUAGCGGCCCCCAAGUCGGGUUGGUCCGUGGGGUUGAUAUCGAUUUCAGUUUGCUAUCGGGCAUCGCUCGAAGUCUGUGCCUUGUACGGACUUGGUGCUAAGGACUGUACUGGAGAAGUGUUAUGCGCUCGAGGAGCGAAGAUGCAAAUCACUGUGCAAGACACUCCUCCUCCGAGACUGAUGCGCUUCUAUCCAACAUCAGGGCCGACGGACGUGAAUACCGCAGUUCAGUUCACGGUUGCUUACCUGAGACCAGGUACUUCGGUGACAGAGCUGAAUGUCAGCCUGCACACCACACAGAACGAAGUCAAGAUGGUCAGUGUAGUGAGCAUCAGUCUGAAGAACCCAAGCUGCUUGUAUCCGGAGUGUGCAGUGCAUGACGUAGAUAUCCUGAUGCCAGCAUUACAGGGAUACGUAGGGAUAGCGCAGGUCACUGUCACGUAUCAGUACAAGACGGUUUCCUUUGACUUUCAGUACGUUGCGAGCAAUGCUCCCAAGAUUAGGCUCUUCCAACCUUCUUCGCAGUACAUCUGCAAGCAGCCAAGCAGUGUCAGCUGCCAAGCUCAAUCUUCCAGGGCCAGCAUCUUGGUUGAGAACUUUAUGCCUCCAUGUGCCUCUUCGCAAUGCACGGCUGAGCAAGCAGGGAUCACUAUCACCUUCACCGUGAGAUCGGUUUCUUCGAGUCCUGCUAGCGUAGUGCUCGGUGUUGUCAACGGACUGCUUCAGCUCAGCUUUGUUGUCCCUCCCUCGUUUCUACCAGGUGCUUGCAGCGUUGAGAUCGCUAACGGCACCAAGAAGGUGCAAUAUAAUGACUUCGCGUAUCUGAUUCCGCAAGCUCAAGUGGAUCCAGUCGAUUGUCCGGUAGACGGAGGCAUCCAGAUGAACGUGUCAGCCUGGGGGCUGCUGCCCUCACCUGGCAACUUGAGUGUUUCCGUGCAGAGCACGCAGAUAGUAGGAUGGACUCUACGUCAGUACUCCUCGCCCUGGAACUAUGUUUACUUGUCGUAUGUUGCACCGGCAGCUCAAAGCAUUGGAAGUGCGAUAGGGGUAGUAGGGAAUGGUUAUGACCUCUCAUCGGCAAAGUUCUACUUCGACUACGUGAACAGACCUGCGAUCUCAAGCCUUGUACCCAACGUGGCGACGUCACAGGGUAGGACGUACCCGAGCCUAGUGGGAGACCAAGCAUACAUGACAACCCUUACCAUCGUCAACUUCCCCAUCGUAAAGUCUCCGGCAGAGGUGUCGUUGAAGUUCGGGAGCGUCGAAUGCCAGUGUGUGCUGCCGUCCUGCAGCUUGUACUGUGGGAUCGUGCGGCUGACAAGUACAAGUGCCUACACAGAGAUGCAGAUCGUCGUACCUCCGGCAUCUGCUGUGCUGGGAGGCAUGAACUCGGGCCAAACAAGUGUCAGUGUACGGCAGGUGAACACAGGAGCGCUGAGAGGCUUCAUCAGAGAAGCCUCGACGUCUUUCACGUAUUACAAGCCAACUCCAGCCGUGAAGCUCGUGCGCUUCUGUAGGACGUGCAAUCCCGGGAGCAUGUGUAUCGUGAAUGGCGUGUGCGGGAACGGCAAGUCUCCGCAGACAGGGUACGUGACUUGGUCAGACCUCCAGCAGUCGAACGGCAACAUCGUUGAAGUGGCUGUAGAAAACAUCGAAGACUGGAUAGCGGUCAGCAUCGCCAAGGAUGGAACAUUUGUAGGGUCAGCUGGGUUUGUUGUGACCUUCGGAAGCGAUGAAGGCGUGGUGGACGCGAGCAGCGGACUUCGCUCGGUGACGGUGGUUGACGCUCACAGCGCGAUAUUCCAAACGAAGAUCCCGGCGAUUCAAGGGAUCGGCAGCAUUGCCUGUACUGUGUCUCUUCGAACGAGUGAAAGCUCGAUGUUGAGCUGGACGGUGGCCUUCCAGAUGCAGGUGGUCGAUGACAGGAGGGAGCUCAAGUGCGUGUCCAGGUCAUGCGUAGCGUCUGUGACGAACCCGUCGCCGCUGAUAGCGUCUAUCAAGAACAUUCCUCUCACCACCAGGAGCGCGGCUCAAGACCAGCUCGUCAUCAUGAUAGGCUCACUGCGUGCAGACUUUACAGUUGUCUCAUGCAACACUACAAUGAUCAUCAUCUCUGUCAACCCCCCCGAGUACACAUGCUCAGCUUGCACAGUAUCGGCUGGGUCGUCGACGGUGACAUUUCAAGCGACCAUGAGGUCUGACCCAUCGAUCGUUGCUCGCACAGAUUUUGUGUAUUGGGCCAGCCCGAAGGUGACGCGAGCAAGCUUCGACUCAACCGCAGCCUUCAUCACCGUGACUCUGGAUCAAGCAACCGACGGGCGGUCCCUUGUGCAGGCGUCGGGCUCCUCAUGCGAUGGCUUCGUGGGAAGCGAGGCGGGUCUGCUCGGCCAGACGGCACCAAGAUGCGUGUGGACCACAGAUCAAGCUUUCAACAUCUUCCUCUCCCCCGGCGCCACCGUCUUGCCAAGCUCGCUCAUCACCGUCAGAGGCAUCCGGUCUGUAAAUCAAGUCUCGAUGCCCAUGCUUGCUGCUGUCAGGGUCGAGAAACCUCUUUCUCCUCUGUACCCCUCGGUGCAGAUCAGCGCCCCACAAGAGGUGGACCCUUGCUCGCCUCUCACAGUGCGAGCCCUUGCUAAGAGCGCUCGACAGCUGAGCUACACGUGGCGGUGUCUCAACGACGAUGGGCUGAACACAUUCCUUGCAAGCUUGCUGCCAAGCACGAGCAUCAUACAAUUUGAAGCUGGAGUGGCUGAGAUGGCUUCGACGGGGAAGACAUACACGAUCGGAGUGACAGUGAAGGACUUCUUGGGUUUCUCAAGCAAGGAGGCGGUGACGUCGAUAACCAAGAAAGCCUUCCCUUCCCCUACUGUUGUCUUCACGCCUCAGUCACCCUUAUCAACGUUUGUAGAUCAGGAUGUCACUAUCACUGCAACCGCUGUGUUCUCGUCAUGCCCAGUAGCAAAGAACGACAUGAUCUUUCAGUGGUCGCAAUCUUCCGGCGUUGCCGUGUCUACGAGCUACGUCCCAAGCAGCAUGUCGCAGCUCUGGAUACCCAAGUAUGAGCUACAAGCUGGGAACACGUACACGUUUGACGUCAGCGUGAGCCUGCAGGGAGACAGCUCGGUUUCUACGACGGCGAGCUUCACUCUUACAAUAGGGAACCUGCCGCUGAUGGGUGCAAUAGCUGGCGGCGAUCUGAUCCAGAUGUCGGAGGUUUCGGAGCUCCGGUUGGAUGCAAGCAGCUCAAGAGACUUUGACGUGAAGAAAGGCGUUGACCAGGGGCUGACCUACGACUGGAGUUGCUAUUUCUCGGAUGGAACCUUCUCAAUGCCGUGCUUGAACAAGAAUCAGCAACUGCUUGAGCUUCCCAGUGGGGCCCAGCUGGUCGUCCCGGGAGGGUCGCUGACGGACACCGGAGAGCUCUUCUACACGUUCUCGCUGGUAGUCUCCAAGGGAGACAAGACUCCUUCAACGGCCUCGAAGCGCGUGCAAGUCACGAAAGCUUUCGUGCCGGCGGUGAUGCUGACGUCAAACGUACAGACGUACGAUGGUGCCAUGGGCAUCGUCAACCAGGGAGACAAACUCGUGUACGAGGCUUCUUGUCCUUAUCCUUCAGCUCUGUAUGUCUGGACCAUCGCACCCGCCCCCAACGUGGGUUACGACGUAGGGUCGGUGUUCCCCUUCGGACGCAACGGGGCGAUCUUCUUGAUGGAGAGCGGGUCUUCUGCCUUGAGUCAGGGGCUGACGUACAGCAUAGCGGUUGAGUGCUCGGUGAACGGCAGCGUGGGGACAUCGUCGUCGAGCUUCUUGGUCAACACUCCUCCUCAGGGAGGGACAUGCUAUGCCUGCCUGGUGUCAGACUCUGGGAGCUGCACGAAGCAAGGUAGGCCGCUGCUGGACGAGUUCGUCGUUACUUGCGCGAACUGGAUAGACCCAGACACGCCUCUGACGUACGAGUUCGGGUUCUCCUACGUGCAGGACGGGGAGACAAUCACCAAGUGGUUUCAGCCCACGACGCUGCCCUACCUGAUCAUGCGGCUUCCGUCAAGCAGUGCCAUCCAGAUGAACGCGAUUGUGUCGGACGGCAGAGGCGCCUCCACGUCCGUCAUGCAGGAUACCGUCAAGACCGUGACGACGGGGAGAAGGCUGUUACAAGCAGCGAGUGACUGGUCCAGCGUGACGCAGGACAUGAGCGAGAAGGCGCAGACGCAGAACGUAGCAGGACUCAACCAGCUUAUCACUUCGGUAUCACUGGAGCUUGUGGCUCAACUGAAUGCAAAUGUGACGGACUUGUCUCAUUCUCGUACGCUGAUUAUGUACAUGCUGUCGCUGCUGAAGCCCACGUACGGAUCGUAUCCGGCCACUACGGACUUCAUGUCCGAUGCGCUGAGCACUCUUGAGAGCGUAGGGAGCGAGCUGGGCUUGCAGAGCAACACAUCGGUUUCGCAGAUCGUCGAGCAGGUGGAUGGUCUGCUGCAGCGCUAUGCCGGGGAGACAGUGGAAGGGAUCAUGCUGCAUGUGUUGAAAAUCUUCGGUGUCGCCAUGAAAUGGAUGGAGACCGGGUCAUAUACGGACGGUCCCAUCCUAGACCGGGUGACGUCAAACACGGCUGCGGUGACGGAGGGUUUCUCAGUCAGCCUUGCAACAGGUCAAAGCGUGCAGUACGUACAGCAGUACUCGUCACAUCGAUUGGUUGCCGACAACGUGGAGGGGGUUGUGGGAGGCAAGAGCGUAUUGGAUGUGCCUCCAGGGUUGAUGGGCAUGUUUCAGGCGAAGAACGCCUCGUUUCGAUACUCGUCUGGUCAGACGGGAGUGACGGGGCGAGUAACAGUAGGAGCUCACAUGUACGGAGCUGUGAGCGGUCCAGUGAACGGAUCCACUCCACUCACACCGCUGAUAGGAGUUUCCAUGUCAGUGAGCAACCCGAUAUCUCAAGUCUCGAUCGUGAUGCCGGUGAGCCGGACGGCCGUCGUGACUGCGUCACAGUCUGUGCUGGUGGCGAGAUGUGUGCGGUGGAGCAACGGAGGGUUUGAAGACAGCGGGUGCAGUGUAGAAGGGGUGGAUCUGACGGCUGGAACGGUGACUUGUCGAUGCUCGGUCGGAGUACCAGGGGCUCGAAGGAGGCUAGCCCAGCAGCCAGCCACGUUCCAAGGUGUAACAGUGAUAGCGGUCGGCGAGUUUCAGACGUACGACUGUGAGUUGAUGAGCAAGAACUGCACUGGAGGACAGUACUUGUCUGGCUGCGGCAACGGGUCCCGGGGAGAGUGCCUGACGUGUUCCACGUGCACGCAGAGCGAGUACAUGCUGACGGACUGCUCGCCCUCCGCGAACCGACGAUGCGCCGCCUGCUCUCAGCUGUACUGCAACCAAGACUACCGCAGAUCAGCGUGCGGCGGGGGAGGCAGAGGUAGCUGUGUCGCAUGCACGAGGUGUGGAGCAAACCAGCGCCAGCUCGUGAGCUGUGGGGAGAACUCGGCGUCGCAAGACGCUGUGUGCAUCGACACGGCUGACGGGACAGCGACUGGGACGAAGUUGCUCGUGCUGACAGGAGCAGUGCGGGUGGGGAGCAGCCUGAAUGAGAAUAUGAGAGCAAAGUUCAUAUUGGGGUUGGCGGCAGCAGCAGGGGUUGACAGCAGUAGCGUGAACAUCACGUACAUACGGGAGGUGCAUGGAGCUCGUCGGGCACUGGCUGUAGAGUACGAUGUGGGCUAUCAAGUCUUCCUUGAGCUGAACGCGGAAUGGAAGAGCGUGCAAUCUAACCUGGGGUCAGAGAAGCUUCUAGAGGCUCUGAGAGGACAAGGGCUUCAGAAUGUGCAGAUCUUGGAAUAUCCGACUCUUUCUGUUAUCACACUCGGCCCUUCAAGUUCCCCCACUAUCAUUGUUGCUGUUCCCACCAGUACCGUCGAGCCAACUUCCAAGUUCAACUUUGUUACAUCUGCAGGAUUUGCAGUUGUUGUCUCGAUUGGCGGUUUUGUCAUGUUGGUUGCAAUCUUCGUGUUCAGGAGGUUCAGAUCUUCCAGGAAGAAACUCCAAGUCGCUUCGUUCGUUUUCGAACCACGUCAGGUCGAUGCUGACGAGAGGCCGCCAGCGAUCGAGGGGGAGCGGGCCGUCGUCGAGGAUCAGGUGCUUACGAGCGGGGAUGAGUCGUCAGUGUCGGAGCAGGAAGAAAGUCAGUCGGAGAGCCACAGUCAGGAGGCAGAAAUGAGAGACAUCCUCUGCUAUGCUGACAUCAGUCACUUCAACGAGGGCUCCUCAAACGAGUCUGCCAACUCUGAGUUUGUGCACGCCAGACAAGUCCAGGAUGAGAGCAUACAUGAAGGGACACCUUACCUCACUUGA